AAUUGUUUUGCCAUGGGAGAACUCAUUAUUUUCAUUACUCAACAGAACAUGCUAGUUUAGCUUAUAGAUAAUUUAGACAAGGUGUUAACCAGUCAACUAGAAUUGAGGACAUUUGCUUUGUAAUGGGAAUAAAAUAACAUUUACACAAAAUUAUAAGUCUAAUUAAAUUGAUCAAUUUCCUUCUCAAUAGUUAUUGUUUCAUUUAAUUAUGUAUUUAGUUGCAUUGGUGUAUUGGCUUAAUCGUAGCAUUAGUUUAUCAUCUUUUUAGAUCUUCCUGGUGGACUGUCCGUUGCCCCGGGUUGCAUGACGGUUCUGGUGCUGCUGAUCUUUCCAUCCAUGGCUGUUGCCAAUCGGUGUGGAGACCGUUUCCUGUGCUCAGCCGUUGUUGUUGCUGGUCUGAGCGUCAUUCCUUGCUUCGUGUUAGAGCAGGCGUUGUGCCAGUGCUCCAUGGUCCACGCAGAUUUCUGCUGUGGAGAUGAGUUUUGGUUCUCCAUGUUGGCAUGCUGUGAAGUUAUAAUGUCACCAGCCAGCAGCUUCAUUGACACUCCUCCUUUAGUGCCAAUCUUGUCAUGUGCAACUCUUCCAUGGCUGACAGAUCCACCACUUAAUGAUUAAUAAUGUGAUUAUUUGAAGUGGGUUAUUUUAUUUUCCUGUAACCAAAUCACUCGUUUUAAUUCAAUCUUAUUUACUGCCGCAUCCACUUUUAUUAGUUAUAAUUGUAGCAUUAUCUGUAUAGUUGCUUUUGUUUUAGAUUGCAGAGGUCUCCCAAUAACAAACCAAUUGCAUCUAUUUAUUAACUAUAGUCUUUAAAGGGAAUAAGUAUCACAACAAGUAUCUCGGUGGAACCUCCAAUUUUGUGGGAGAAUUUAUAGGUGUCUAAACUCAAUUAUAUUUAAAUAAAGAAUUACAGAAGACUCGGAACUCCGUCUGCUCAAAGUCGAACGAGAAGAGAUUUUUAAUGCACAUCUGCGGAUCUACAACAUCAUACACAUCGUCACAGUAAUCCAAAAUCUCUUAACUUCUACUUCUGACAUCAGGUUAUUAUAGAGUCCCAGCUCUACUGAUCGGAGAGUCUACAAAACGUUCAGCAUCUGUCAAAGCAAUGGACGAAAUUUAUAUGAAUACCCAUUCUGUGAAAACUGCCUGCCAAAUUCCUGUUAGAAAAAAUGAAGGUCCUGGCAGCUCUAAGAAGAAGAUCUAUGUGGGUGUCAUCAUCUUUCUGGUUCUUCUGAAUGUUUUGAUGCUGAUUGGACUCAUCAGCCUUGGUCUCUACUAUCAUAACGCAGGUGAUAUUGCCAGCAGCAAUUUGACUGAAUGUCAACAGGAUGGAAAUAACAACAUUUCCAUCCUAAUUGAGGAACGAGACCUGCUGAAUGCCAACCUCACUGCAGUUACUCAAGAGCUGAUGAAGCUUCGAGAAUCAACUUGUCCUACAGGAUGGAUAACGUCCAGCGUUUCCUGUUACUAUUUCUCUAACGAAGCUGGUUCCUGGGAUGAAGGCAGGAGGGACUGCAUUGACAGAGGAGCAGAUCUGCUAGUGAUGAACAAUGCUGAGGAGAAGACAUUCCUUGCUGCUCUCAUAAAGAAUGAAGCUUGGAUUGGUUUAAAUGAUAAAGAAACUGAGGGUUCCUGGAAAUGGGUUGAUGGAAACUCCCCGGAGUUCAAGAACUGGUACAACUCUCAGCCUGAUAAUGGUGGGACAAGCGGAAGAUGGGGAGAGGAGGACUGUGUACUUGUCAAUAACUACGGCAAAGCGACUUGGAAUGACUUUUCAUGUGAUGGGGCUAAACACUGGAUCUGUGAAAAAGUGCUGAAAUUGUCCGUUUGAAAAAAAAGGUCUCUAAAUAUAAUGGUUUUGAUUUUAUUCUUGAAUUUUAGGCAUUCCAUCUCUAAAAACAAAGCUUUAAUAAAGUGCUUUAAUAGUCCUGCUUCUAGUCACGAUGAAUUUAAAUAUUACAAUAAACAAUAUUUUCUGCUUUC